AUGUGCCACUUUCAGGUCUCCUCACACUGCUGGUGGGUUCCAUUUUGUCAUAGGGUGCUGGCAGAUUACGGGCCUCCCAUUGCUGCUGCCAGGCCCGUAAUCUGCCAUGGGCCCCCGUACCGACUCCUCAUGCUGCUGCCAGGCCUGUAAUCUGCCAUGGGCCCCCGUACCGACUCCUCAUGCUUCUGCCAGGCCCGUAAUCUGUCAUGGGCCCCUGUACCGCCUUCCUCAUGCUGCUGCCCAGGUCCAGAGUGUCUUAUGGGUCCCUGUACGGCCUCCCAUUGCUGCUGUCUCCAUCGCCACACUCUGCCAUGUGCCACUUUCAGGUCUCCUCACACUGCUGGUGGGUUCCAUUUUUGUCAUAGGGUGCUGUAUGGCCUCCCAUUGCUGCAGCCUCCACCGCCACACUGUGGCUCCACACUCUGGUUUUGGCCCCGUGACUGCCCAAAUGAGUGAAGUGUGCGGUGAUUCUAAAGUCCCCCCUAAGAUCGACGGCACUCAUCUGCAUGUCAUACUGACUGACAGUAUUAUUUCUCUUCCCCCAGCUACAAGGCAACUCCAAGGGCAUUUAAAU